GGGGAGUAAAUCCAAUAAAGAGGAGAAGUGGAAUCGCCCCUCUGCCUCUUUCCCAGCCAGAGAAGCCAGAGGCACAGAGCACAGUCCAGCCAAACUCAGCAAUCCAGCAAUAGCUCUCGUUUGAUCCAGAAUGGCAGAGCGCUACGACUGUCACUACUGCAAGGAGUCCCUGUUUGGGAAGAAGUAUGUUCUGCGGGAGGAGAACCCCUACUGUGUGAAGUGCUAUGAAAGCCUCUACUCCAACACGUGUGAGGACUGCAAGAAGCCCAUUGGCUGCAACAGCAGGGAUCUGUCCUACAAGGACCGCCACUGGCACGACGACUGCUUCCACUGCUUCAAGUGCAACCGCUCCCUGGUGGACAAGCCUUUCUCGACCAAGGAUGAGCAGCUGCUCUGCACUGAAUGCUACUCCAAUGAAUACUCCUCCAAGUGCUAUGAGUGCAAGAAGACCAUCAUGCCUGGCUCUAGGAAGAUGGAACAUAAGGGCAACAGCUGGCACGAGACCUGCUUCACCUGCCAUCGCUGCCAGCAGCCCAUCGGCACCAAGAGCUUCAUCCCCAAGGACAACAGCAACUUCUGUGUGCCCUGCUACGAGAAGCAGUUCGCCAUGCAAUGCGUGCAGUGCAAAAAGCCAAUCACUACCGGAGGUGUGACCUACCGUGAGCAGCCGUGGCACAAGGACUGCUUCCUUUGCACUAGCUGCAAAGAGCAGCUGUCGGGCCAGCGCUUCACCUCUCGGGAUGACUUCCCUUACUGCCUCAACUGCUUCUGCAACCUCUAUGCCAAGAAGUGUGCCUCAUGCACCAGCCCUAUUAGUGGCCUUGGUGGCAGCAAGUACAUUUCCUUUGAGGAGCGCCAGUGGCACAACGACUGCUUCAACUGCAAGAAAUGCUCCGUGUCUCUGGUGGGCCGCGGCUUUCUGACCGAGAGGGAUGACAUCCUGUGCCCUGAGUGUGGCAAGGAUAUCUGAGCGAAGGCCAUCAGCAGAACCUUCCAGCACCAGUGCAUCAGCUGACUGCAUGAGAUGAUACAUGACUGACAUCCUACAGCUCUUUUAACCUAACCACAAAGCUACACAGCCUAACUGCUUGUCAAAUAUUAGACUUAACUAUUAAAUCCUACUGUUUUA